AUGACUCGCAAAUCAGACGACAGAUACUAUUAUCAGACGACAGUUUAUCGGCCUUUGACAACUAGAAGGUCAUCAACACAACAUACAUAUAUCAGUAGUGAUAGUAGUAGUAGUAGUAAUAGUAGUAGUAGUAGUAGUAGUAGUAGUAGUACUAGUAGUACUAGCAGUAGUAGUAGUAAUA